AAACAAAACAUAUAUUUCUUAACCGACUAAAACAGCCAGCCAGGAAGAAAAGAAAAUUCCCAACACCCAUUUGUGUGUUUUGUGGAACCUUAUAAUAAAAAUCUCUCCUUUUUCUGUUCUUUGUUUUUUUGUUUGGUCUGUUUAAUCCGAAAACAUCGAAUGGGUGCGUACAGAGCUGAUGAUGACUACGAUUAUUUGUUCAAAGUGGUUCUGAUUGGGGACUCUGGUGUGGGAAAAUCCAACCUUUUGUCAAGGUUCACACGUAACGAAUUUAGUCUCGAAUCAAAAUCCACUAUUGGGGUCGAAUUUGCCACUCGCAGUAUUCGUUGUGAUGAUAAGAUCGUCAAGGCCCAGAUUUGGGACACUGCUGGCCAAGAAAGAUAUCGUGCAAUCACAAGCGCAUACUAUCGAGGGGCUGUUGGUGCUUUGGUAGUCUAUGAUGUCACGCGCCAUGUUACGUUUGAAAAUGUGGAACGAUGGCUUAAGGAGCUCAGAGAUCACACAGAUUCCAACAUUGUGGUCAUGCUUGUAGGUAACAAGGCAGACCUGCGACACCUUCGAGCAGUAUCUGUUGAAGAUGCUACUGCUUUUGCAGAACGAGAGAACACCUUCUUCAUGGAGACAUCUGCCCUCGAGUCCUUGAAUGUUGAGAGUGCCUUCACAGAAGUUUUGACCCAGGUCUGUCGUGUUGUAAGCAGGAAGGCUCUUGAGAUUGGAGAUGAUCCAGCCGCUUUGCCCAAAGGACAGACAAUAAAUGUUGGAGGGAAAGAUGAUGUAUCAGCGGUGAAGAAAGCAGGAUGUUGUUCUGCUUAAGUGUGGAGAAAACUUCUGAAGAAAAAUUAUCUUUGACAUGUUCAUAUCUUCAUAGAGGUCUGCCUGACUUACCAACAAAAUGUUAACAGGUUGAACUUUUGAUGUAGUAUGUUCUUUGGUUCUAUUUUGUACCUUACCCUCCUUCGUGUAUUAUCCUAAUUAUCCAACUGUUCUAAAUUUGCUCAAAAGUCAGUCUGUUUCUGGUUGAAAAUUUAUGAAGAAUGCUUGUAUAGAAUGCAGAUGGAAAUUUCCAUCUGCCUUGUAAAUAAUAAUAAUGAAGUGUUGCUGUGACACCUUUUUAAGGUUGGACGAUGCAGUUUAAUCUUCAGG